AUGGACAUUAUCGUUGACGAGCCGUACCACUGCGCCAUGAUCGAAGAGAAAGACCAGGAGAUCUUGGAAGCUGAGAAUGAGAGGCUUGAUCAGGCGAUAGCCCAGUUUACUAAAGGGUUCGAUCCAUCCACCUUCCGUAACGAAGUGAUCUCAGCUCUGCGAGGCCGCGCAAGCUCCGCUUUUCCAGGUACAUAUGAGCAUCUCCUCAUGCUCUGCUUCAUAACCGAUGAUGAACUGCAGGACAUGCAGAAGGAGCUCGAAAAAUUUCUCCAGUUGAGCUAUGGGCAGGUUCUCGAUGAGCUCGUCCCGCGGCCCAAGACUAACAUUACCGACGAGUCUUACUUUGCAACGGAGAUUGAGACUCUGAGAAGACUCCUCGAGCCACUGCGUGGCGAUUCGACAAGCCCUGUCUACUGGCUGAGUCUUAGACGCGCAAACCCGACCAAGGCCCGGCAGCAACUCGAGGCAGCUACCAAGGUGAUCAAUGUUUUCAAGAAGGACCUUCUCGCUGCUAUGAAGUUUGAUCCGCAGGAGCGAAAGAUUGUCAAUCCCCUUCCAGUCUCAGCUGAACGCGCAGCCUUCGUUAGCAUGAAGCACCUACGCAUCGAUGCUUGCAAGGACACAUUGCACUGGGACGAGUACAAUCAGAGCAAUAUGAAUCUCACCAUGUUCUACCAUGCAUACAAAAAGCUUCUCUGCCAAAACAACCCGGACAAGGCACGCGAAUGGGGAUGGCUCCCACCCGUGGUUCUUGAGGCCCCUCGUGCGUCGACUCCUCAAGCAUCCAUUGGCGAUCUAGCUUAUUGGCCAUUGAAACAGGUGGGCAACAACAAGUACGAUCUACUCGUGAAAACCGCGCUCUGGCUAGCGCUUGCUAGAGGCCUUCCCGCCGUGCACCUCUUUUGUGACUGUGCGAGAGUCUUCACAUCACUCGUUCCCUCCCAGGACGCAAGCCCCAAGACCAUUGUGUUCCUACGCCACCUGACUCAAGUCCGUGUGCCCGUGGAAGCCGUCAAUCCCAACCCUCGCAUCCCCGUCCCAUUCCAGAAGCGGUGCCAGAAAGGUGACAACGAUGACUAUUUCGAGGACGUGUGGAGGUCAGACCAGGACUUGGAGAAGGACUUGGCGCAGAAUGUCUCGCUGCAUGGCAUGGACACCGCAAAGGACGUCCGUCGAGCACGACCCCCUCCCCCUCGACGCUCGUUCCAGCAACAGGCACAGCUGAUCAAGGAUGCUCUCGCCGUUGAGGUGAGCUUCGCAGACGUGUGGCCUCGUAAAGAUCCGGCAAAUCCCCGUGCAGCACCGUCCUCCCAGUGUUCCCGAGCCAGAGCUCAUUUGGAAACCCAAGCCCGAGCCAGAGGAGCCUGA